UAAGAAAGCAACCGGACUAAGUUGUUAUGUUUCAAACGAGAUAACUCGGUCCGAAAACAUUUAAUGAUCUAUGCGGCUACACUGAGGAGAAACAGUUAUGGCGAGGUCAAAGGCGAGAGUGUAUACUUGCUGCGCACUGAUGCUGCUCUGCUUGGUUGCUGUAAUUGUGUGUGUAGCUGUGUUUGUGAAGCGCAAGUGCCCAGAUGACACUUUCUCAAAAGCUGCGGUGGCCGCGGAUUCAAAGAAAUGUUCAGAAAUUGGAAGGGACAUGCUUCAAAGAGGGGGCUCCGCGGUAGAUGGCGCCAUUGCUGCGCUGCUGUGCACCUCCCUCAUGAACCCGCAGAGUAUGGGGAUCGGUGGGGGCUCCAUGUUCACAGUGAUGGACAGCUCUGGUAAAGUGAAAAUUAUCAACUCCAGAGAGACCGUACCUGCAAAGGUGAAAUCUGAUUUGCUGAAUUCCUGUCCCAAGCCCUUUCAACUGAUGGCAGAUAGCAAAUGGAUUGGAAUUCCAGGGGAAAUUCGAGGUUAUGAAAUAGCACACAAGCUUUAUGGAAAGUUGCCAUGGGCAACCCUGUUCCAGCCAACCAUCCAGCUGGCUAGAGAAGGAUUCCCCAUCCCUCAAGUCCAAGGUCGAUACAUCCAGUACAUUGAUACGAAUGAGACACAAUCCUUACGGAAGUUAUUUUCAGAUAAAAAUGGGAGCUUGUUAAAGAUCGGAGACAUUGUGAAAUUCGAGAAGCUGGCAGACACUUUGGAGAUGAUUGCUACCUAUGGAGCAGACAUCUUUUACACUGGAAGAAUUGCAGAGGAUUUAAUCCGUGACAUACAGGAGGCAGGAGGAACUCUCACGCUGCAGGACUUGGCAUCGUAUAAAGUUACAGUGACUGAUGCGUGGGCUGUUCCUUUGGGAGAGUACCAGAUGUACAUUCCCCCACCCCCUGCAGGAGGAAUCAUCCUCAGCCUCAUCCUCAACAUCAUGAAAGGAUAUCACUUGAAUUUAGCUCCUCAGACUGCUGAACAAAAGACGCUGUUUUAUCACCGCUAUGUUGAAGCUUUAAAAUUUGCCAAUGGAAUUAAAAGGCACAUCCGGGAUCCAAAGUUCAGCUUCGAAGAAAUGGCGAAGAAAUUCACAGAGGAUAGCUUUGCCAACCACAUACGGAGCUUGAUUAGCAGUGACAAAACACAUGAUCUCCAGUAUUACAACAUCACUCCGUAUCCGGACAGCUUUGGCACCACUCAUGUGUCUGUGUUGGCUGAAGACGGAUGUGCUGUAUCAGUCACCAGCACCAUCAACCACAUAUUUGGUUCAAGAAUCUUCUCUCCAAGCACUGGGGUCAUCCUCAACAAUGAGCUGUCUGACUUCUGUGGGAGAGUUGACAACAUAUUUCCUGGGGAGCAGCCUCCUUCCUCCAUGGCUCCCGUUGUGCUGAAGUCUCAGUCAAAAUUGCUGGUGAUUGGAUCAAGUGGUGGGGGUAUGAUCACGACUGGGAUGGCCUCAGCGCUCAUCAACCACCUUUGGUUUGGAAAGAGCCUUAAGGAUGCAAUAGCAGCUCCUGUUGUUUUUGUUGACUCUCAAAAUGCAGUGAAGUUUGAACCUGGCUUUGAUACGCAUGUAGCUGAGGCUCUUAAAGCUCUUGGACACAAUCAUGACACAGCAAAAAAAUUCUACAACGUGGUUAACGCUGUGGAGAAGGAGGAUGGAUGCGUCUGUGCCGUGUCUGAUGCCAGGAAACUGGGAGAGGCAGCUGGUUACUGAGACCAAGAAUCAAGGAUAUUGGCUGUAAUGUAAAUGAUGUCAUUAAAGUUUUCAAAACCUUCCUGCAGACCGAAAAGUUGAAAAGUUAUAUAACAACACACUGAAAAACAGGUUCCAUGAGCUGAACGUGCUGUAGCAUAUAUGAGUUUCAGUAAACACAUGGUAUCUGAAGAGAACUGAGAGUAAAAAUAAGAUGAAUUGAGCUGUGCGAAACAAGGCAGUGUCUCUGGUACUGUGUCUGACCUUGGGUAACUCUUUUGUACACGUCUUUAUCGUUCCAAGUUUAUUUCCAUUUUUUGUUUUUAUUGUGAAAUCUUUUUUACAGGGUACUGAUUGAUGCUCUCUUACAAAUUAUUUUAUAGUAGUAAAUGUUUUUAUCCAAGUCCUAUGUCCUAUUUGUGAAUAUGUUUUUAAUAUCUGGUAUUUGUUGUGUUUGCAGCAGCUUCCCUCCCCCAUGGCAUUCUUUUAGUACUGAAACUGUUUAUUAAUCUUUCAUAUCUGAACUCAGUCCAUUGAAUUUACUGUCCAUGCUGCAAAUGACAUAUUGGCCUCAUUUGAAAUACUCAAAUAAAAUAUAUUCUCAAUUUUUA